AGAGUUGUGGUGACAGUCUCAUUUACGUAUUUAGUCAAUACUGUUCUUAAUAUAUUGUAAUGAUGUAAAAAAUAUACAUAUGUAUAUUUAUCAAUGACGGUAUUAAAUAUGGAGACAAGGACUCUCUAGAUAUUUUCUUAUUAUCGAGUAGCUGAAUAAACAUCAUGUCGACGGGAUUAAAGUGUCGCAACUGCGGAUCUAAUGAGAUCGAGGAGGAUAAUGCACGCGGCGAUCGCGUCUGCAUGAACUGCGGCUCUGUGCUGGAGGAUUCGCUCAUUGUUUCCGAGGUGCAAUUCGAAGAAAUGGGCCAUGGCGCCGCCGCCAUUGGACAGUUUGUUUCCGCCGAGUCCUCGGGUGGUGCCACAAAUUAUGGAUAUGGCAAAUUCCAAGUUGGCUCCGGCACAGAGUCUCGCGAGGUAACAAUCAAAAAGGCUAAGCGCGACAUAACGCUCCUGUGCCAGCAGCUGCAGCUGACACAGCAUUACGCAGACACUGCUCUCAACUUUUUUAAGAUGGCUCUGCAUCGUCACCUAACGCGGGGCCGCAAGAGCACCCACAUUUAUGCUGCUUGCGUGUACAUGACCUGCCGCACCGAGGGCACCUCACAUCUACUUAUCGACAUAAGUGAUGUACAGCAGAUUUGCUCGUACGAGCUUGGACGCACUUAUUUAAAGCUGUCACAUGCCUUGUGCAUUAAUAUACCAUCCGUGGAUCCCUGUCUGUACAUCAUGCGCUUCGCGAACCGACUGCAGCUGGGGCCCAAGACCCACGAGGUGUCCAUGACGGCGCUGCGCAUUGUGCAGCGCAUGAAGAAGGACUGUAUGCACUCGGGACGUCGACCCACUGGACUCUGCGGAGCAGCACUGUUGAUUGCCGCUCGCAUGCACGAGUUUAGCCGCACCCUCGCAGAUGUCAUCGGUGUAGUUAAAAUUCAUGAGUCCACGCUGCGCAAGCGCCUGUCCGAGUUCGCUGAGACGCCGUCGGGUGGUCUGACACUGGAGGAGUUCAUGACCGUUGACUUGGAGCGUGAACAGGACCCGCCCUCGUUUAAGGCAGCGCGAAUUAAAGAUCGCGAGCUCAUACAAAAUAUGGGCGUGCAUGAGCUGACGGAGCUGCAGAAGGAGAUCGAUGCGCAUUUGGAAAAAGAUAUUGGAAAAUACACUGAAAGCGUUUUGCGAAAAGUGACAAAAGGCAAGAAGGAAGAGUCUGCACAGUCAAGCAAACAUAAUCAGUUGUCGGAAACGGAACUUGAAAUACAGGAGUCCAGAGAAUUCAUUGAGGCAUCCAAUGCCGAAGCUAUUCAAGAGUUUAUUGUAAACAACACGGAUACGGACUCUAAGCCCCAAGCAGUCAUGACCAGCGCCGUAAUCGAAGGUCUGCGUCCCGACAUCGAGGCCAUUUGCCGUGUAACCGAAAGUGAGCUGGAGGACGUAGAGCGCGCCAAGCAGCCAAUGGAGACUGAGUUAUUUGUUGACGACUUGAACGAUGAGGAACUCGAUCAGUAUGUGCUAACGGAGCAGGAGGCCGACACUAAACUAAGCAUGUGGAAGAAUUUAAACGCAGAGUUUCUCCGCGAGCAAAAGGAGCGAGAGGAACGGCUGGCCAAGGAGCGUGAGGAGGGCAAGCCUGAGAAGAAGAAGCGCAAACCUAGGAAGAAAGUCAUCGGGCCAUCGUCUACCGCUGGCGAAGCCAUCGAGAAGAUGCUGCAGGAGAAGAAGAUCUCCAGUAAAAUCAAUUACGACAUCCUAAAAACCCUAACAGAAGGCAUGGGCUCGUUUACGGGCGAGGGUGAGACAGUUGAAGAUGCUCCCAAGCCGAAGACAUUGGAGGAGCUGGAGCAGACUCCCGUCAUUGUGGAGGAGGGACCCAUCUCAGGCAAAAGCAGCCGCGGCAAACCAAACUACGAUAUGCCAGGACCCAGUCGAAAGCGCGUCAAAGUGGAGGCUGGGCUGCCCGUCACUGAGCCCGAGGAGCAGCUGGAGGCCAAACCAGAGAUUGCGCAGGAACCAGAUGAGCUAGAUGACGAAGCCGAAGCAGAGGAUGCCGAUGCCGAAGCCGAACCAGAGCCGGAGCCAGAGGCCACGCUGCAGGAUAUGCUAAACCAGGGCGCUGGAGAUGACGACGAUGAGUAUGGCUAUGGCUUUGACGAGGAGGAGGAAUACUAAGUUUGGGCGUAGCAUUUAGUAUUAACACAUUCUAUACGGUCAUUUUUAUACACAAAAAGAUAAUCAGCAACUACUCAUAAUAUAAUUAAAUUAAGCCUUAAAUUUACAA